AUGCAGUUUGUGAUUACUCCUAAACUUGAAAGAAGACAUCUUGGAGAUUAUCUUGGUGAUUUAACAAAAUUGCGUCGAUCGCCCGCUGACUUUGCUCCCAGCCCCUUGUCGCUGUUACGUGGGUUUGAGGACACACAUAGAAACGAGCACACAUACGUCGACGACAAGGGGACAUCUGUCAGUGAGGAUGAAGGACUGGAGCUUUCCAGUGAGAAUAUAUCCCAUCCAGUUGACUGGGAACACAACUGUGCAAAAGAGGGGUGUCAUCGAGUAAAAAUCAACGUCAGCGGUCUUCAGUUCGAAACCCAAUUGAAAACUCUGAAUAGACUUCCUAAUACUCUACUAGGAAACCCUUUCCUGCGAGAACGUUACUGGGAUUUCAAACGGAAGGAGUACUUCUUUGACAGACAUCGGCCAAGUUUUCAAGCAAUUUUGUAUUUCUACCAAAGCGGAGGCCGCCUGAAACGUCCUUAUGAAGUGCCAUUGGACGUGUUUAUUGAGGAAUUAAAAUUCUUCGGAUUCGACAAAGAUAUGAUGGAUGAAUAUAAACAGUCAGAGGGCUGCAUUCUGAAGAAAGAAUGCCCCCUGCCAGAAAACAAAAAACUAAAAGCAAUAUGGCAAUUGUUUGAACACCCGAGCAGUUCUAUCGGCGCCAGAUUGAUGUCCGUUCUAUCAGUUGGGUUUAUUCUUCUGUCUAUUGGUACUUUCUGUAUGGAAACCGUACCAGAAUUUGCCAGCGACACCUGUGUGUACACGAAUAUUAAUCUUACAGAAAAUAAUUCAUCCAAGCAGAAUAAACUCCCCACCGUAACCAUCAACUACGGAGACCAUUUUUUCAUCAUGGAGAGUGUGUGUGUGGCCUGGUUUAUUUUUGAACUGUUGAUGCGAUUUAUCUCAUGUCCCUCAAAACGUUCCUUCAUCAAACACAUCCUCCACUGGGUGGACUUAGUGUCUGUUCUUCCUCACUUGGUAUUUGUAGGAACCUACUGCCUCUCCGGCGUCUGUAUAGAUUCCCAUGCAAGCAAUGCUGUAGCCGUUCUCAGGAUUUUACGAGUGACGCGUGUACUUAAACUCGGUAAACAUUCGGAGGGUUUACAGAUCCUUGCUUUGACUAUUGCCAACAGUUUUAAAGAACUCCUCACGUUCGUCGCAUUCUUGGCUUUUGGGGUGGUGAUAUUCUCUGCGGCGAUGUUUCACAGUGAACGAUUCGUAGAAGGCACUCAUUUUGAAAGUAUCCCGGGCACUUUCUGGUGGUCGGUUGUCUCCAUGACAACGGUGGGAUACGGGGACAUGUUUCCCCAGGGGACAGCCGGUAAAAUUGUCGGGACUUUUACUGUCAUUGGCGGUAUUCUGACCAUCGCCCUCCCUGUUCCGAUUGUUGUGACAAACUUUAACUGUCUCUACAACUCGUACAAAAGUAGAGCGUCCAUGUACUGA